GUAUCUCCCCGACCUCACCCGCAUCGCUACUCUCCGCCCGCACCGCAGGCCGCCGCCCCCACCUCCUCUCCUCCGCCCGCACCGCGAGCUCGCCGUACCUCGACCCGCGGACGCUUCCCCACCUCCUCUCCUCCGCCCGCAACGCGAGCCGUCACUCCUCGCCUCCCGCGGGGUCGGGAACCGGACUUGCCCAACCCGCCCCCGCCUCCGCCCCGUUGACAACCACUCUCGCCUGACGCCGCCGCCUCCCUUAGAUUGACGCCGGCCAUGGUGCUGGGCAACGUCGCCAUCCUCCUCGGCUCUGGAAUUCUUGGAUCAAUUCUUGUAGGUGGUGAUGCCAAACUCCCAACAGCCGGGGAAGUACUUUAUGGUGCUUCCAAGUUUGUCAAGAAGCAUGGAAACGAAGACAAAAAAACAUCAUCUAACAGCGAUGCACACACUGCUCAGUUACUAUCUCAGGUCAACCAUCUCAGACAGGAGAUUCAGUCUCUAGGCUCAAGGCCUGUUACAGUUGUCACCAAUGCUGCUAAGUCAGGACCUGGUACGUUUACUGUAACAGUGGUUGUUGUUGCUGGGGUUGUUGGCUAUGCCUACAUUAAGUGGAAGGGUUGGAAACUUUCUGAUAUGAUGUUUGUCACCAAGCGGGGUUUAUCUGAUGCUUGCAAUGUAGUUGGCAGCCAAUUAGACAAAGUUUCAGAUGAUGUUACUUCUGCAAGGAAACAUCUCGCUGGAAGGAUUGAUCGUGUGGAUAUUAAUUUAGAUGAAACACAAGAAAUUAUUGAAGGGACAAGGGAUGAGGUCACAGUCAUCCAUGGGGAUCUGAGUGCUUUCCAAGAGGAUUUACAAUCAGUUAACCUUGUAGUUCGGAGUCUUGAAUCAAAGCUCGUGAGUCUUGAAUACACUCAGGAUCGUACGGCUACUGGAAUAUCUGACUUGGUUGAGUUCACCCAGAAAGCCACUGUUCGCCAGGUCCCAACAGCAUCCGUUCCUUCAGCUAUUGGAUCUUCAGAGCGAGUUGUUAGGAGGGCUACUUCAUUGCCGCAGGCUGUUGCUCUUCCAGCUCUGCCGGCAGCCACACCUGCAGCUGAACCAUCACAUAGGGCAGAGGCAUCAGAGGAGCAGCGGGGUAUUGCGAGCAGAAUAUCAUCUAGUAGCGAAGGAUCAGGCCUUUUGCAGGAGCAGCGGGGUAUUGUGAGCAGAACAUCAUCUAGUAGUGAAGGAUUAGGCCUUCUGCGGGAGCAUCGGGGUAUUGUGAACAGAACAUCAUCUAGAAGGGAAGGACCAGGGCUUUUGCAGGAGCAGCGAGGUGUUGUCAGCAGAACAUCAUCUACUAGGGAAGGACCGCCUGAGUCUUCAAAUGAAAUCUCAUCCCCAACUGGAGCGAGCACGAGCACAGGCACACGGAACACAAGCGCGAGCCGGUUUGGUGGUCUGAGGCUGCCUGGACUUGGGUUCCUUACGAGUUAUACGAGUUAGUUGAUGAGGUCAUCUUUUUUAAGUUAUCCAAGAUUGUAGUUAGGUUGUACUAGGAGCAUAGUGGUGAUGGAAUAAAACACACACAUACAUACGGGUUCCAUUGUUCUUGAGGAGCCCAAAAAUUUUUGUAGAAAGAAAGGAAGACGUGUGAACCUGGCAUCAUCCAGAGCAACGCCGAUGUCGAGGUCUUUUUACCUGCAAUGCUGCUGCCAACUUGGUUGGUUAAAUCUAUGAUGAGACGUUACAUGGUUAUUACA